AUGACGAAGUUGUUGCUUGACCCUGAUAUGAAAGCAACCGCUCGCAUCAUUGCGUAUGUCUCUGAACCAGAGAGCUUGGCAACUGGCAUGAUGUUCAAGAAUAUGCGUUCAGCUGGGCAGACCAGAGAGUUCUAUGCUCGGUGGAGCCACUGGUCGUGGUUGAGCACCGCUCGAAACACAUUAGCUGUCCUUUCCGACCUGUCCUUGCUCAACUUGAUUGGCUUCAACGUUCAGUUCAGUGGCACUUUUAGCCCAGAGGCUUUGGUCACAGAAGAUGCGUUGGCGGCAACUUUGUGGAAAUUCAUGGCCAGUUUGCUGAGUCGCCGCGGUGGCAGCAACUUGUGGUACACCAGCGGUGCAGGUAGCACGGCUGGCUUGCUCCACCCUGACACAGCCAAGGUUGCCGCUUCCUUGCUGUACUUGCGCGGGGCUUUCAAGACAAUGGAAAUUGUGAACCAGGACGGGUCCUUGGCAGCCAAGCAAGCCCUGCGAGGGCAUUGUUUUACGACUCCUGCUAUGCAGUGGGUGUUCAAGGCCCUGUCCUCAACUGGCUUCGGGUCCGUGCCGGACAUUCUGCUAGACUACUUGCAAGAGAUCUUUUCUUGCCUGCUAAAUUCGAAGAUCAUUGAGGAUGGCAACAAGUUGCAAAGAGAAGAAGAAACGCGCUCCUCCAAUUCGAAGAAGGUGUCUCCAGAACAAGGCUGGUUCCUUUUGAUGCAGCCCUCUUUGUUGCAUUCAUAUGAUCGGCCAGAGGUGUCCAACAAACGUCUGAAGCACACUCCUGCAGGCUUCGAUCUAUCGCCGGUUUUCCAGCACCAUGCUUCACGGGAGGCCUCUGAGGAAGAGAAGCUUGAUUGGAACUUGGUGAAAGAUAUCACGGGCAAGCUGGAGUGGCCAACUCACACUCCAGAAACAGAGCAGCAGCGUGCCAUUGUCUUCAUUCGCAACUACCCAUUGUAUGUCUUGAAAACAUACAAGCAUGCUUGUCUAGUGUGGCCGGUGACAUUGUCCGAUGCUGGAGCAAUCAAGUUCGAUGAGAAUGAAGAGUGCCUGCGCUGGGUGCACAUCCACGACAUCGUAGAUGUGCAAGUUGCCAGUGUGAUUGCUCGUUGCCCCAGGGCAAUGAGUGAGACAUGUUUGAAGAACAAGGGUGUCUGCCUUCUGGCUGGGUCUACCUUGCCUUUGCUUCAGUGGCAUGCAGAGCGCGGAUUCCAUGGGGUGAAAGAAGCUUGCUUGCUGAAGCUCAACGCUGCUCUGGGCUUUCGUGGCGUGACAUGGGGCACUGAUGAUGGCGAUGCAGAGCUAGCGCUGUCCGUGCACCUCAUGCUGAACUUGGACCCAUCUCUCACAGAAAGGGAAGGCAGAACUCGAGCUAUGAGGCGCUGUAAUGGCUUGAGGGAAGUUGUUCAUGUCCAAGAAGAAGAGCUAGUCGAAACUGUGGUGGAUUGCUUGUUGCCCAGUGAACAACGCAAGGUCAUCAACGACAUAGCUGAGGAGACACAGAAAGCAUCCAAGAUGGCAAAAUUGACUAGCCAUCUGUCUCAGAAGUACAAGGCAGCUUUGUCUGCGCUCCCGAAGGAUCGCCUGAAGAGUGGCCAGGAACGCCGCAAGGCAAAAGAAAAGGAGGAAAAUGAUUUGUCCAAGAAAGCAGCUGCAGAUGCCAAAGAGAGGGCCCGUGUCUAUGCUGACCGAAAUGUGGAUGCUGACAAAGCUUUGAAAGCUUCUCUCCCACGACAGGCACGGGCAUGGGCUGAUGACACGAACGGCCGCUGGCGAAUGACGUGGGUUCCAACCGGAACGCAGAAGUGCAUCUCCUGGACAGCCUGCGGUCACAAUGUUGCAGCAGUUGCGUGUUUGAAGUACAGAUGGACCUGGAGCGAGCAGUUCGGUUAUGGAAGCAUGCCGAAGGAUGUUGCGAACAUAGUGAAGAAGCUUGAAAGUUGA